AUGCCCCUCGCGCGUGAAGACCUCUUCUUUGUUCGCACUCUCUACGAGGUCAGUCAGUGCUCAUGCUGGGUGGUUACCACCCGCCUGCUUCCACCUGCCUGCUUCCACCUGCUUGCUUCCACCUGCUUGCUUCCACCUGCCUGCUUCCACCCGCCUGCUGCCACCCGCCUGCUUCCACCCGCCUGCUUCCACCUGCUUGCUACCACCUGCCUGCUUCCACCUGCUUGCUACCACCUGCUUGCUACCACCUGCUUGCUACCACCUGCUUGCUACCACCUGCUUGCUACCACCUGCUUGCUACCACCUGCUUGCUACCACCUGCUUGCUACCACCUGCUUGCUACCACCUGCUUGCUACCACCUGCUUGCUACCACCUGCUUGCUACCACCUGCUUGCUACCACCUGCUUGCUACCACCUGCUUGCUACCACCUGCUUGCUACCACCUGCUUGCUACCACCUGCUUGCUACCACCGGGUAACAGCUCCUAUCUGCCACCACCUGACACCCGCUCAUACAAACUCAGCUUUCCCUUGCCCCAGGACUGUGGCAAUCCCUCCACUCUGCUCUGGCAAUCCCUCAGGCGCACCCACCUGCUGCACCCACCUGCUGCAUCCACGGGGGCUGCCUUUCUUCCUUCUGCCUCUCUCCUCAACGUGUCUUCCCAUCCUGGUUCCACCUCUUUUCCCCUCCCUUCAUUCGUCCAGCCCAUGACUCAGGACUGUGGCAAUCCCUCCAUGCUGCUCUGGCAAUCCCUCAGACGCACCCACCUGCUGCACCCACGCGGGCUGCCUCUCUUCCGCCCCGACUGGUCCUACCAACCACCACAGCCGCUGUCGCCCCAGCAGGCGCAGGCGCUGCCACCCGACUGGGUGGUGGUGCUGGCGAAGCGCCUCUCUAAGAAGCGAUCCAUUAGUAACUUUAACGAGGUGCAGGCGGUGGUGGAGCGGGCGUUCCCCAAGGAGAGGAUCGUGCUCUUCACUGGCUCGCUGACUGUACUGGAAGGUACGAUAGUGUCUUUUGUCAUGAUCCUCUCCUUAGGAAAUGCCCUCUUCUUCAAGGACGUGCAGGUGCAGCGGGCGUUCCCCAAAGAGAGGAUCGUGCUCUUCACUGGCUCGCUGACUGUUCUGGAAGCUCACAACUUGUUUCGCCGCAAACGUCUAUUCAUAGCGGGGCACGGGGCAGCGCUCACCAACCUGGUGUUCAUGCUGGAAAGGGCAUCUGUGCUCGAGAUAAGGCCCGAUAACUGA